UUGAGGUGCGUCUGAUGAACAUGCUGACGUUUUGGUUGCUAUAUGAAUUUGGGGUUGGGGAUGGGUAUGGAUAUGCUGCAAAGGCGAACAGCUGGCGCCUCUGUCUUCUGCAUAUUCUGUAAAACCCGAGAAAGGCAGAAAAGUGCGGGGGAGGAGAGAGAGGGUGAGAUGGCGAGAUUUUCAAACAAACCGGCGGUGUUCGUAAAGCAGGAAAGCAAAGAAAAGCUUCAAGGGCACAGCCAGAGAUAGGGUCCCAGUAAAGAAAGCAAAAGGUUAGCUAUUCUCAAAAAAGAGAUCCAGCUCGGGGAAUCUUUCCUCCGCUUUCACUGUACAGCCGAUCCCACUGCGCCACAAUUCUCCCCACGCAUCCCUCCCUUCAUUCUCUCUCUCUCUCUCUCUCUCUCUCUCUCUCUCUCUCUGAGACUCAGAAUGACAUUGCCUCUGUUUCUGGCAUAAUCUUAUGAUCUCUUUAUGGGUUUUUCAUAUGGGGACGAUUUGGGCAAGAAGGAAAGCGAAGUUGCAGUGAUCUAUGAAACCGGAAAUUCGCGUGAGGAGAGGGGGAUGGAUGUGCGCCACGGGGUCGAAAGCAACGCCGAGUUCUGGCCGAUAGAACACCCCAUGGAGCCGCCAGAUGAAGAUCGACCAGUUAAAUGUCCAAUGCCAGGCUCCUCUGCUUUGAAUAAUGGAGGUAUGCAUGAGAAGCAGUUUGCUGAGAGCUUGGGGAGAAGGGCAGAACUAUCAGCUGUGGUGAAUGAAGAAGGAAUGGUAGUGGUGGCUGCAGAGCCUCCAGUUCGUGUCGUGCGCAAGAGGCAUCACACUCUUACGGGCAGGGACCAUACAAUAGUCCCUCUGAUCAGAAUGCCACUUCUGCCCCCUCUUCCGGUGCAUAAUAUCACAAUAUUUGAAAUGCUUCAACAGCUUGACAAGUUUGAGUCAUGAUAGAUAAGCUGGAAAGCUCAAACUCCACUCCUUGUCUGCGUUCAUCAACUCCUUCCCACAAUGCACCAAUUAGCAGCAAGCAGAAUUUAUGUUAUGUAGUAUGAUAAAGCUAGUAUAGAGCAAGACAUUCCUGGAUGUAGCAUGGACUUUGUAGCUAUAUUUUUGCAUUUUCAAGUCCAUACCCUGUAUAUUAUUUUGUCUUUGUCAAAGUUCUCUCUCAAUGCGUUUUUAUCCAAGGUCUUGCAUUCAACAA